UUCGCAAGGCAAACCCCCCCGGCCUCCCCUGAAGAAACCCCAGCCCACACCUCCCGGCGAUGGCAUCGGCAUCGGCGGCCGCCGCCGCCGCGGAGUGGGGGGCGGCGGAGCGGAAGGUGCUGGUGGCGCGGAAGCCCUGCUUCGGGCUCCCCACCGCCUGCCCCACCAGCCUCCCCGUGCUCCUCUACCUCCGCCUGGCGCAGGUCCCCUUCGACGUCCACGUCGACACCUCCUUCCCCGAUGCCGAUCACAUACCAUAUGUCGAAUUCGGUGAUUGCGUGGCGUUCAACAAUGAGAAAGGAGGUGUGAUUGAAUACCUGAAGGGGGAGAAAAUUGUCGACUUGAACUCAAAGCUCACAAGUGUUUCACCUUCCGAUGUGCUGUCCACAAAGGCCAUGGUUUCGACCUGGCUUGCGGAUGCUUUGCAGUAUGAACUCUGGGUGGUUGAUGAUGGAAGCAUCACGCAUGAUAUCUACUUCUCUGAUCUUGCCUGGCCCAUCGGAAAGAUACUCCACUGGAAGAAAACUAGAGAUGUGAAGCACCUACUGGGUAUAACGAAGCUUAAUUCUGCAGAGAAAGAAGAAGAGAUAUACCAGAAGGCAAGUGCUGCAUAUGAAGCGUUGUCUCUGAGAUUAGGGGAUCAAAUCUUUCUAUUUGAUAAUAGCCCUACAGAUGUUGAUGCUCUUUUGCUUGGACAUGCUCUUUUUGUCCUCAAUGCAUUGCCUGAUACAUCUGUGCUGAGGGGCACUUUGCAGAAGCAUGAAAACUUGGUGAAUUUUGUCGAACACCACAAGGUUCAAUUGCUGGAAGACUCAUCAUCAUCAGGGUUAGGAUCAUCACCCAGUCCAUCAUCGUCAUCCACCCCUAGGAAAAGAGCAUCUGCUGGCCAAAGUUAUAAGCCAAAACCCAAAGCCAAGAAGGAACGGACCGAGGAGGAAAAGAAAUUCAGGCAAAGAGCAAAGUACUUCCUGGCCACACAGCUUGUUGCAGUCCUUGUGUUCCUAUCACUGAUGGGCGGGGUUGAUAGUUCGGAGCUAGAUGAUGAUGACGGCAUGGACUAUGAAGAUUAGAACCUCCCUAUGUUGUACUACAUGAUUCGUUCCAAGGCCAAUCUGCCCCCUUGCUGGGUGCUGUGAAAAUCUGUUCCCACCAUUAGUAGUGAGACGUGAUACACUUGAUGCUGUAACUAGGAAUACACUGAGCUGGUUAGCCUUCGGCAGUUUCAUAAUCUGUACGCGUACUUGGCUCGACCUUUUUUGCAGCUUCAGCGAACCCAACUGUAAGCAAAUUCGAAUUUUGGUGUUUAUGGAGAUGCUUCUUUGAUACAGGACGGAUCUGUUGCCCUGAACUUGUGUUCAGUCAUUAAAUGAAUAAAGUGAACCGGGUACUGAUUUGCAAAA